AACUGACGGAUCUGAACAUGUGAGCUCAUCUCUGCUUUCUGAAUCUGUGUGUUAGUUAGCUGCGAGGUGAUGGCACAGACAGCUAGUUAGUGGCUACUAUCCAGCUACGUUUCUUAGACUAUCUUUGCUCUGCUCUGUCUGUGCGGCUCGUAGAACCAGGGAGAACCGCCGCUGACCGUUGAAACACCGCCCUGCUGCUGCUAACUGAGCUAACGUCGGCUAACGAAAGCAGCUGCAGACUGUAAGAAUAAAAAUGGCCUCUGUUUCUAUUCCUGCCUGCACCAGUGCACUGCUGCUGGAUAUUGAAGGCACCACCACACCGAUCACAUUUGUAAAGGACAUCUUAUUUCCGUACAUCAGGGAGCAUCUUGAGGAUUACCUGUCUUCUCACUGGGAAGAAGACGAGUGCAAACAAGAUGUUCAUCUCCUAAAGAAACAGAUUGAAGAGGACAUGAAACAGAACCGGGCGUGUCCCGUCCACGCCGUGGACCAGACGGUUCACACGGACGAGGAGAAGGCCAUCCGGGAGGUGGUGGAAAACGUGCUGUGGCAGAUGGCGGCGGACAGGAAGUCCACAGCACUUAAACAGCUCCAGGGUCACAUGUGGAGGUCAGCGUAUUCUUCAGGGAGAAUCAAAGGCGAGGUCUAUCAGGACGUGAUUCCAUCCAUCAAAACCUGGAGGGAACAGGGCCUCAAAGUCUACAUUUACUCCUCCGGAAGCGUCGAGGCACAGAAACUUCUGUUUGGUUAUUCUGUUGAAGGAGACGUUUUAGAUUUAUUUGACGGUCACUUUGACACCGGUGUGGGGGCUAAAGUAGACUGCAAAAGCUAUGAGAGAAUUGCAGAGAGAAUUGGCUGCCAACCCGAAGAAAUCACAUUCUUGACAGACGUCACCCGAGAGGCUAAAGCAGCAGAGGAAGCCGGGGUGAACGUGGUGGUGGUGGUCAGGCCUGGAAACAUGGAGCUGACGGAUGAGGAGAGGGCCCACUAUAACCUCAUAACCUCCUUUAGCCAACUUCAGCUGAUGGGACGAGCUUAACAGAGAGCGAGGAGGGAGGCAGGGACCACUUCUCUCUGACUUCACUUCACAUUGACCUUCUCCUUCUCCUCUUUGCCCCCCACCUUUUUGCAACUCUGGUGUUUUUGUUUGUUCCACGUUGACAGUAGAGGAGGCGGCGCUGCUGGGCCUGCAGUUACCCAGCAGCAGGGCUCAUAAUGAAGAGUCCGGCUCUUUCGAGACGCCUACAGACGUAGGGAGCGUAACAGGAACUUAAAUGGAACAUCGCUGUCAUCAGACCAUUUGAAUGACUGGGAGGUGCUGAAAAUCAACUACGAGCUUGAAGGAAUCUGCACAUGACCUGUGAUACCUUUUUACCUUUUAGAUGAAACGUAUUUGACUGCCACUUUCCAACUCUUUGUGUGUGUGCGAGUUGUGUUUGUCACCAUUUCGUAACCGUUUCCUCCCUCUACACUUACAGAUGUGCUGCAGCUGUAUGACGUUAUAUCCAGUGAUGAGCUGUCCUGUUUUAGAGAGUAGAACCACAGUGUAGAUGCACUCAGCAGUGGUGCUGUUCAAACGUCAUUUGAAUGUCUUAAUUAACCCCCUCGCAGGUGAAUGGUGUCUAUUUAACUGUGCCAUCCUUAUUGUUCAUCUGUAAUAUGGGUAAAAAAUUAAAAAAAAUCAUUGCCAAACUGGUGAUUUAUGUGUGAAACAUUCAGGAAACGUACUUCCAAUAAAUGCCUUGUCUCACACAGCA